AUGCAUUAUACCAUCGUUAGCUAUCACCGUACAGGUAGGGCUCGUGCAUUUGUUCAUCGCGAUCCAUCUCUGAGAUUAUUACGUGCCGGAAGUGGUUAUCGACACCUUAAACGAAUGGGUAUGCCCGCCCAAAUCGGUUUGGGCUUCCGAAAGAUCGACAAUUUUUACGCGAAUAUGCAAUACCAACACGCGUGGCCCCUACUAUCGCACGAUGACCUGGGGAAUAGUGAUCAGUCAAAUAACACGCAUAAUAUUUUGUAUUCGAUGUACAUGCCAAAGCGUAACAAAGGAACGGCGCCGUGGUUUCGAGGGGCCGAUACGUAUUCCGUCAAAUACUGUGAGCAGGGCCGCUAUGAAUACCAGCGCUACCUCAUGAUAAACCGCUUCCCGAGUGAGUACAAGAAGCAUUUCCUUCGAUUUUUGAACAACAUUCGCGCAGGAGCGAAGUCCAAUGUUGUGCUCCCGCAGGAGACUCUGCACUGGCUUAUGCGCAUGAUUGUGGACAAUUUUAAUCCCCAACAUGUGCACUACAUCGCCGCGAUGCAGACGCUUUUGGCGGCGCAGGAGAUUGAUAUGGCGCGGGAUGUGUGGAAGAUUAUGGAGCGUCAGCAAACGUGGCCGGAUACGUCGACGUUGUGCGCCUAUUUAGAUAUUUGUAUUGCCUCUGGGGAGAAAACCUGGGCGAUCGAGGCAUGGAAUCGCUAUGCGACUGAACUGAAAUUUCUAUCCGAGGGCGAGGUUGACCCCAAGCCGAUCACCCGUACCCCUUUUUCCCUCUCUCGCGAGGAGUUGUUGUAUCUGCCCAAAUGGAAAAAGCAUUUCGACCACGACCCCAAUCUUGACGUGAUCGAUUUAAACCGCUUUAACCGCACUCGGGAGGUGUAUUUGCGGAUGAGUUUGGCCAUGUUCGCGGGCGGGGAUCGCGGUCUUUCCGAAUACUUUUUUCGCAAGCUGGAGGAGGCGAUGUUAACGACACCGACGCCUGUGCCCGAGCCGCCGAAUCCGCAUCUGGUUCGUCAGCCGCGGUGGUCCCCGCAUGAACAUUUACCAUCCAUUCACGCCUCGCCCUGGAGGAUGCAAAACAACGGACGCGUGAUGGCGAUGGGGCCUUCCAAAGCGGACGAAGACGAAAUGCAAAGCCGAUUUUUCACCAAUCCACAGUUUUUGAUCCACGCGACGAAAGAGCUCAUCGCGGUUGCCCUCCAGCGCUAUCAAGUACAACACCCAGAUGUCUGUGGGCCGUCGGGGAUCACCGAAAAGUUUUUUGAGCCGGCCUCCACCGCGGAGGACGUUUUAACCUUUUGCGAUGCCCUCGUCGAGCGCCUUUGGGAGAAGCUUGGGGAUCAUUUAUAUCAUCUGGAAACGUCCUCUUUGCUUUCUCAUAUUUUGGCCGUUAACCGCAUCGUCCGAAAGGAAACUGGUCGACAACUGCAUGUGCGCGCGAAUGCGUUUAUAACGCGCAAGGCUGCCCUUGGUUCGGCGACGGCCGCGAAAGGGGUUGAUCCAUCCAUGGUGGAUCAAACGGAUCCCGUGAAGGAGUCCCUCACGGCGCCGAACUACCUACAAAUCCUUUCCGGCCUUGCCGAUGAAAGUAGUUUUGUGAUUCAGGGGAAAGGGCGUACGCAAACGUACACCUAUCGCCCCGGUUUUGAUCCGCGUACGACGAUGAAGGAUCUUUCACAGGUGGUGAAGGAAAUCAGCACGAAUCCCCACGUUGCGUGGUCGGCCGAUAUGCAUUUACAAAUCGUCCGAUCGAUGGUUGGAUGCGGUACCAUGAAGGCGAACGAUUACUUUGUGAAUAAUGUUCUCCGACAAUUCUCCUGGGAAAGCGAGUUUCUGGAAGCGCUGUACAUCGAGUAUCGACGACAGGACGACGUCGAUACCUGGGCCGAGCUCACCAAGCGGGCUUUGGUCUGGACCGCUCGCUACGACGUGCAGGUUUCCGAGUCACUUAAGCGCCGAAUCGAGGACGACUACGACGUUAUUGAGGUCCAGACCCGCACCUUCCGCGAGCUUGCCGUCUUUCAAUUCCGCGACGUCGAGGAAAAGCGCCAGGCGCGGAAUGUGGUCAACGAGCUUCCUAAUCCGUGGAUUGAUUACGUCGCCCACGCGUUGCCCUUUCCCGAUCGCGAUGGGGGCUAUCCGGAUGAAUAUGGGGAUAUCGGGCAAUGGCGCGCCCCGGGAGGGCCUGGAUCGCCCGUAAAAGGCCCUGGAUACUACGCGCCUCCAAUGGAGGGCGAGCACCACCGCGGCUACACCGCGGAAUGGAGAGAUUUGAAGAAUCCGAUGCGCCCUCCACCCUUUCCAAACCCAUGGGAUAGAAAAUACGCACAAUACGCACGAGGUCAGCAUCCCUCAUAUGAUAUGGUGUACGCGGGACCGAUGCCUACCAUAUUUCCUGAUCGCCAUAACUUCCGAAAGCCCACCCGCUGGGAUUUCCACGACAUUGAGAAGCAAGGAAAGUUCAAGAUCAGUGGACCAUACUAA